AAGGCCGUCGUCGGUGCAUUGGUGCCGUUCGCCCUGCCCCUGGCUGAUGACAAGGGCACCAAGAAGAUUCUGAAGAGCGUGAAGAAGGCUGCCAAGAACAAGAACCUCAAGCGCGGUGUCAAGGAGGUCGUCAAGUCUCUGCGCAAGUCGCCCGCCUCAGGUCCCACCAACCAGUCCUUCCCCGGUGUCGUGGUCCUCGCCGGUGACAUCUCCCCUAUGGAUGUCAUCUCCCACAUCCCCGUUCUCUGCGAGGACUUCAACGUCCCCUACAUCUUUGUCACCUCGCGAGCCGAGCUCGGUGCCGCAGGUAGCACCAAGAGACCUACCAGUGUCGUCAUGGUCACCGAGAAGCGACAGGGUGGCAAGAAGGGCGAGAAGGAUGCCGAGCCCGAGGAUGAGGACUUCGCCGAGGUGUACAAGGACCUGGUG